GUGUUGUGGAGGGUAUUACCCAGUGUGGUGGACCAGAGUAGAGCAGUAGAGUAGUGACAGUGGCGGCUGUGACAGGGGCGGCACUGGUACUCCUCCUCGUACCUGGAGUACCAGCCUCACCCAGCCUGGUAGGCCUACACCUCUUGGCCAUAUGGCUCGCACCAGCCUGGGUGGCCUGUAGUUCCUGGUAUCUUUGGAAAAUUGUUCACGAGCCUGGUAGGCCUACAACUCUCGUGCCUAGGGAGUCUGGCUCAUACUAGUCAGUGGCAACAUUUUCAUACUUUACAUUGUCCGAGAUGCACAAGGAGGAAAAUAAGCAAGAGAUUAAGGAUGUUAGUGAUGAUGAUUCUGAUGAUGACGACGAAUUGAUCACCAGGGUUCCAAAGCGAAAACGUUCAAUUGAAUCAGAUUCAGAAGAUGGUUCAGAUACAGAUGAAGAAUGCUCAGAUGAAGAAGAUUGUGAUGAUGACGAUGGCCAAGAAGAUGAAGAAAAAAGUGACGAGGCUUGUAGUGAAGAAGGGGAAGAUUCGGAAGAGGACACUGAUGACACUGAUAAUGAGGACGAAGAAAGUGAAGAAGCAACAGACAGUGAAGAAUAUGAUUCUGAUGACGAAGUUCAAUCAACAUCUGCAAAUAAUUCCCUCACAACAAAAUCCUUAGUUGAAAAAGGAAAUGAAUCUGAGAGUAGUGACAAUGGAGAAGGAGCUGCUGAACCAUGUGCUAUCUGCCUGGGACGUAUGAAAGGAGAAAUUGGAUCACCGGAAGGCUGUGAACAUUCAUUUUGCCUUGAAUGUAUUCUCGAGUGGUCAAGAACAAAUAACAGCUGCCCUCAAGAUCGGACACCAUUUUUGUUGGUGUUGGUGCGCCAGCGCAUUGGGGGGCGUGUUAUCCGACGAGUUACCGUUAAGGAAGUAAAGCCUGAUGACCUUCCACCAGAGGAACAGGAGGACCACACCUUCUGUGAGGUUUGCGGUCGGAGUGACCGUGAGGACCGGCUGCUGUUGUGUGAUGGCUGUGAUUUGGGUUAUCACCUGGAGUGCCUUGACCCACCAUUGACUCGUGUACCCAUCGAAGAGUGGUUCUGUCCUGACUGCCAGGCUGUGAAUAGCUCCUCGGCUGCCGCAGAGGCUGAAAUUGAGGACGGAGAACUUCAUGACUUAAUUGAAGAUGGUGCUCCAAGCUCAUCCCUCCCAGCCUUGCGUCCAAACCGAGCUGUUGAGAGACCAAGGCUCUUACCCCGUACCCGUGCCUCAGAAAGAGUUCGUGCUCGUAUCACACGAUCUCGACAGCAGAGGGCUAUUAUUACAGAAAAUGAAAUGCGAGAACAGGAAGCUCUGCUUGAGGCUAUUGCAGAAGCCGAGGAGUUGGGGGCAAGUGGAAGUCAGAGCAAUACACAGGCCAAGAGUGCAUCAAGUACCACAGCACGCAGAACCACUAAAGCUCCCAGAAGAAAAAAGAGAAAAAUUGUCCGUAAGAAGAAGAGAAAAGUUAGAAAGAAAAGAAAAACAACCACAAAGAAAAAGGCAACAUCUACAUCAAAAUCUGGCAAACGUCUUAAGGUUAAACGUAAAACUAAAAAAACUACACGAAAGAGAAAAACAAAGAGAAAGAAAAAGAAGGUAAUCAAGAAAACAAAACUGCCUGUCCCAGCCAUGACUCCCAAAGCUAGAAUAGCAGAGGCUCUUGGCAUAAAACCAUCUAAACCUUGGGAACGUGUUCCAACAAUGCAACCUUUCAGCAAAGAUCAAGAUCUUGGAACCUUGAGAGCUAAUGCAGCACUACCUCAUCUUUCUCUUUUAGGGGUGAAUGCCGAUGUAGACAUAAGUUAUGGGCCUGAUGAAUUUGGAGAUGCCAUUCUUGCUGCAGGGGUAAGAAGAGGGAGAGUAAUAGACACCGGCCAAGCUCUUGCACGCCGUAAGGCACUCUCCGUUAGAGCUCUUAUGUCUCAUGCAUCCAUUCGUACUUCAGUGGCGGCAAAACCAAGAGUAGAAAAUAACACCAGCAUUGCCAGUGAUGUAUUGGGCUCAAUAAUGGAGAGCCAAUCUCUCAUCCUGAAGCCAUUUACACCAAGCAAAUAUAACGGUCCUUAUAAAAUACCUAUUAACAUUGGUAGUCGAAUACAUGAGCAUCUUCGAUUAAAUGGCAAAGUAGGAAUAAAUAUGCGAGCAGCUGGGCCAGAGUCACCAGGGAGACAGCAAGCUGGUGGAGAUGGACAGUCUUCCUCACCCUCCAGGCAGCAGCAACAGCCUGGACAGUCAGCAAGUGGUGGUGGUGGUGGUAGUGGUGGUGGAGGUUCUCCAAUUGCUGGUAACAGCAGACCUCAGGGAGAUGACACACCAGGGUCAAAGUCGUACUCUUCAUAUUUCAAAGAAAAUGGUGGUGAUGGCAGAGAAGGAGGACCUCUGAGUGAAUUACCAAGUGGCAGCUGUAAUGGUGGUGAAAAGAAAGAAAAGAAACAUGAUGAUAAAAAGAAAAAUGACGAUGAUGAUGAGAUAGAUAUUUAUAGUGAUAUAGAACCAGAAGUACCUGAAGCAGAAGAAGAGGAGGAGGAGGAGGAGGAGGAUGAAGAAGGUGAUAUUGGAAACUAUAAGGGUAGUAUAUCUAUUACUGCAACAUCCGAGGCUGAUAAGAAAGAAAACAGUGACAAAAUUGAUCCCGAGUCAAGUGGUGAUGAACUUGUGAUUGAUGAUAGUGAUAAACCAGAAAGUAGAGGACACGUAGAAACAAUGCCCCGGAGAAUAGUAAUAGAGGAAUCGGAGGAAAAUAAUGUAGUGGGAAGUAGUAACUUGCCGGGCUUAAAUGACUUUGAACUGGAAGCCGUGUCAGAUACCGAUACUCCCGAGUUAGAAAAAUCUGCCAAUAGUUCAAUAUCUUUAUCUGAUAGUAAUAUGGGAGAUCAUGAAGUGACUAGUAGCACAAAUGAAAAUGCAAAUCCUAAUAAAUCUGACUGUUUAGUUAAACAGAUAUUCGGUGAAAGUGACGAAGAAAAAGGUAGAGAGAGAAACAAUCAACCUAUUGUUGGCUUGGAGGGGCUGGAAACUGAAACAAUAUCUGAUAAUGAAGAGAUUAGUUUUGACGAUAACGAUGAUAAUAUUGAGGAAGGUGAAAUUCCCAGUGAAACUCCGAGGCAUGUUACUCCUCCCUCUCAUCGCCCUCGAGUUAAUUUACAGAUCCGCCGUGUAAUAGAAGUGUCUCCCUCUAGGGACCAGGAAGGAGAGUAUGAAGAAGGUGAAAUAAUAGAUGAGAAUGCCAAGCGUAAGGAGAAAAAGAAAGAUAAGAAAGAGAAGAAUAAAAAAGAAAAAGAUAAAGAGCUAAAGGAUUACGAUAAAGAAUAUGAAGAAGCAGAUAAAGACAAAGAGAAUACAGUGCCAGAAGUUGAAGCAGUGUCGCCUAAAGAGCCAGUGGCUGUAGUCCCUGAAAGACCAAAGACUCCUCCUUUAAAGUUAAAAUCGAAAACUAAACAAAAGGAAAAAGAGAAAGAUGUUUCAUUUAAAAAAGUUUCUAAAAACACCAAAGAAAGAAAUUAUAGAGAUACUGAAAAAGAGGACAGAGAGAGAAAAGGGACAAAAAAUAACAGAAAUAGAGAUGUUCAAGACUUGGGACGUGAUAGAGCUAGGGACCGGGAUAGAGGGGACAGAGAUAGAAAUGUCGACAGAAGUAGAGAUUCGGGCCGAAGAAGAUUAAGGGAUAGAGAAAGAAAAAAAGAGCCUAAAAGAAAAGAAAUGGAAAGAUAUAAUGUCCGGAAAAUGAUUACUCAGAAAGAAGAAGAAAGGAAAAAGAAGGAUGAAUUUGGACGUGAUGUAGCACUUAGGUCAAGAUCUAGAUCUAGAUCGAGACGAAAGUCUAGAUCGCGGUCAAGAAGGCGAUCCAAGUCCAGAUCACCUCAUGCCACAAGAGCCCGGAAGGGCAGGAAAAGUUAUUCGCGCUCAGCCUCUCGGUCCCGUAAUAAAAAAAGGACAAGAAGAAGGAGUUACUCGUCGUCUUCCUCUUCCUCCUACACAUCCUCAAGUUCAAGCUCAAGUUCCAGUUCGUCAUCAAGGUCCAGAUCUCCUGGGCGAAGUAGAGACAAGAGAAGAAGAAGAACGAGAAGCAGAUCAAGAACGCCUGUUAAAAAGAAACCAGAAAAGAAAAAAGUUCCAAUUCCUGCCAAACCAAAAGAGAAAACCAAAGAAAAAACUAAAAAAAUUAAUCCAGUUGUAGAAAAGAAAAAGGAAAGGAAAAAGGAUGAUAAAAAGAAAGAACGGGAAGUAGAUAAGAGAGAGGAAACAAGACUUGAAAAAGAUAAGAGGAAAAAGAAAAGGGAAAAGUCUCCUUUGCAGAGUAAAGAAGUUUACCAGGCUGGUGGAAGCAUUAUGGUGAGUGUCAGUUUUAACAGGGCACCAGGAAAAGAAAAUAAAGAAGGUAAAAAGAAAAAAGAAAAAAAUGUAAAAUUAGAAGGAGAGGCAAGGAGGAGGGCAAGAAAAGAUAAUACAAAGCUACGUGGAAGUCCUUUUAGAGUUUGGUCAAGAAGUCGAACUCCAUCCCCAGGUGGUAAACGAACACCCCUUCAAGACGAGCCAAUGUGGUCACCCGUACGAUUGGCCGAGACUCGCAAUAAAGAAAAGCCACCUAAAAGUCCAGAAAUUAUAGAUUUAGAUGUGAUUAUGGUCACACCACCACCUCAGGAACCCAUCCUUAUCUCUGACUCAGAAGAUGAGGGCAUUACUCGGUUGCCUCCAGAUUUAGGCACCACACCUGUGCCUCCUGUCAGACCUCAGGGACCUAAAACUCCUCCUGAGCCUGCUGUCAAAUUUACACUUUCAAGCAAGCAGGUGCUUAAACCUAUUAAUAAUCCAUUGCGUGAUGAGGAGGAGGAGGAGGAGGAACCCCCAGCUCCUGCUAGAGGACCCAAUACUCCACCUGGUCCUCCUCCAGAAUCAGAUGAGUCUGUUGGAAGAGCAAAGUCCCCCACAGUUAGAGUACCACACUCUCCAGCUGGGUCUCCCCCAGGUUCUUCUCCUGAGCCAGAUGUUUAUGAUCCCUUUGAACCAACAAAGUCUCCAUCUCCUCCAGGUUCCCCUCAACAGGAAGCUCGAGUUAGUAGCAGUGAUCAGACUGAAACAGUGGAGAAAGCUUCCCCUGAAGCUGUCUCUGCAACAAAAGCAGCUUCUCCUCCACCUUUACCCACAGAACCACCAGAACCUGAAGAGAGACCACCUGAACCUCAAAAACCACCAGAAGAGGAAGCUACAAGUACUGUGCCCCCUACUACAGCACCUGCUGCACCUGUGGCUGUAACAACAAAUGCUGCCCCUAAGGCACCCAAAGCUGCGAAGGCUGCAAAAACUGCUGCUGCUGUAUCUACUAAAGCAGCUGCUCCAAAAACUGCAGCUCCUGCUCCUACAGCCCCAACAAAUCCCAUAAAUCAGAUAUUUCCUGGUCUACCUGCCAAUGUUGCUAAUAUUCUUUAUCCAGCAGUUAUAGCAGCUGCAGGACGUAGUGCUGCUGCUGGUACCAUAAUUCGUCCACAAGUUGUGCAAACUGUGACGGCUCCAGACUUUUCACGGCCCCCUCCAGCAGCCAACCCCUUAAGCCGCCCUCCUCUAAUGACUAUAAUAGCUCCUACAAGACUUGGAGAAAAGGGCAGAGCAACACAGAAUGGAAGAGAUAUAACGCAUACAGAUGUCAUUGACAUGGAUCUGGAUUCGCCAAAUUCACCUGACAGCUCUGAUGUCAGUGACAUGUUUGAACCACCUUCGCCUCACUCAACACAUCAGUCUGAGAAACCUUCUCCUAGAAAGACAAGAAGUCAAGCCAGAGCAGCAACUAUGAAGGCUGGUAAAGGGGGAGGAGAUAAAUUUGAUAACCUGUUUGGCGGCCGAGGUGGACGCAAGCACAGUACUCCUCACAGACACAAGUUUGGUAGAAAAGUCAAACCUGGAGGUAAAAAGGAAGGUAAUGAAGAGGAUAUACCAAGUUCAGCGGUAGACUUACAAGUGAAAGAAAAGUUCUUGAAGAAAGUACAGCGUCAAGAGCGUGUUGUUGAAGAGGUGAAACUUAGUCUUAAACCCUUUUACAACAAGAAAACUAUAGGUAAAGAAGAUUACAAGGACAUAAUGAGAAAAUGUGUCCAAAAGGUCUGUCACAACAGAUCAGGAGAGAUAAACCCUACCAAAAUCCGUGGUCUUGUACAAGGCUACAUUAAGAAAGUCAAAUACUAUCGUAAAAAACAAAGUGGGGUGUCAGAUCUAGCCCCAACUAAACCCACUGCCAAUGACUCCUCUGCACCAACCUUUGUUCUCAUCCCCAAAGCAGCCAAACCUCCAACGCCGAUAAAAAGUAAAGCGUAGAUUAUUGUACAUUUAUUUAGCACGAAUUAUUGUUCAAAUUUGGAGUAGAUUUAUUACUCCCGGUAAUAAGAUGUUAAUUUGUAGAGAGGCCUGCUGUUCAGUGACAACAUUUUGGUUGGAUAAUGUGGACUUUCAGGGCUGGUGGGACAGAUGUAAAGUAUGACUGAUUUUGUAUGUUUUUAUUUAUUUGAUAUUUUUUUGUUAUUUUUUUAUGAUAAGCAUGAAGUGUACAUUAUUGGUAGAAAUGGAACAGUUAGGACUGCUGUAUAGUACAGAAGAUAUUGUAAUAUUAUUUAGCUAUUUUCAUGCAAGGACAAACCUAUUAAUUAAUGGGUUUAACUAUUUAUAUACAACAAAUUAUAAUUGGGUGCCCCUCAAUAAUAUUUUGUGGUUGUCUUUAGUGUUAUAAGUAUGCUUGUGGUAAAUAUUUGUGAUGUGACUCUGGGAUUGUGAUCCUGAGGGCGGCUGUCAGCAAGACGCUGGUCAUGGUCACGGUGACUGCUUGCCUCAGUAUAAUGUUGAAUCUCCAUUGCAUCAUUGAUAUCCUUUACAGUACAUUAUACCAAAACCAUGAACAUAUUUUCCAGAAGACCUCAUAUAUUUUUAAGUGCAUUUUCCAAAGCACAGCUGUGGUAAAAGAUAAUAAUACAGUAAUACCAGUAGUAAACAUUUCUGAGAAAAUGUGAUGGUACAAUGGUUGUGUUGUAUGUGAAUACUUUGUUAUAGGAAUGGUGAAGGAUUAGUUCUAACAUCAGUUUUAAAGUUGUGGUCAAGAAAUGCAUAGAGGUUUCUGCAUUGUUCUAAUGUUCAUAAAGAAUAUACAUACAAAUAUGUAUAUAUUUCUAUGUUGGUAUAUUGUAUUACCACAUCAAUCCAAUAUCAACACCUAAUUUCAAUGCAUUCAUUGACAACAGGUGUUAUUUUAUUUCACUUUAGUUCUCUGCAGUUUCCUCUUUAACUACAGAACCACACCACAAAGAGGGGCAGAAUCCACAUAUUGUACAUGAACAAAGAGAGACUGACAGCUAUGUUGUGGCAGACCCACCAACUUUCUUGAUAAUUGCUAAGAAUAAUAACCUAAGAAAGUUCUAUAAGUAUCUUCUCUGUUUGUAGUGGUUAUGUAUGUAAAAAAUGUUUUCAUAUCUUUUAAGUGUGUAUCAGCAUAAAUUGAUUAAAUUUAAAUAGAUUA